AUAGGCCGCUUAUAAUUUUAGUGUGCUUUACAAAUAAUAACACUGGCAUCAGUGUUGAUAUUAGCUCAUCUAAAUCACUUCAUUACUACUGUUUUGGUAUCACGGAUUUACUGUGCAGUCUGUGGCCUGCAGUUUAGGUCUCUCUUUAAGUGGCAAAAGGCAAGGAAGGAAAUUUUACACCAAAGGGCUAACUCUGGCUUAUUCACAGUUAUUUUGUUUGUUUGUGAAUAAGCACAGUCCAUUUCAAAUAAAUCAAAAUUAAAUCAGAUCUUUUCCAAAGCUCCAUGUCCAAAAAAGUAGCUUAAAAUGUAAAUAAAAACAAUGCAAAGAUUUGCAACUUCCAUAACUGUGAGUAUUUUACUCACAGUUAAACCAGAGAAAACCUAUUAACAGAUAUAAGUGUUUAAACUGAGCAUUUUCAGAAAAAAGUGUAGCUUGUUUUGAAUUUGGUGGCAGCAAUACGUAGCAAAAAGUUGGGCGGAGGCAACAAAAGACUGGAAAAUGAAGUCAUACUAAGAAACAGCUGGAGGAGCAUUUUGCUUCUAAGAGCAUCUUUGGGGGGCAGAGGUUGGAAUAAUUUCAGAAUAAUGUUCCUCAAUGUAAAAUUGUGAAAACUUUGUUCUCAUAAUAACAGCACAUGAAAUCAAAAGUUUCAGAGAAUCUGGAGAAAUCUCUGCUCAAGGGACAAGGCUGAAAAUCAGUAGAAGAUCUCUGUGAUCUUAGGGACCUCAGGCAGGACUGCAUUAGAAACAGGGAUGUUUCUGUCAUGGAAAUCACUGCAUGAGCUCAGACAUGUCCAAAAAUCACUGUCUGUGAACAUAGUUCAUCAUGGCAUCCAAUUAAUGCAGAUUACUUUAUUCAAAGAUGAAGCCACCCGUGAACAUGACUCAGAAACACGGUCUUCUUGGGGGCAAAGAUCCAAAAUAGACUGAGGCAAAGUGAAAAAACUGUUCUGCAGUCAGAUAAAUCAAAAUUUUAAUUUUUUUGUGGUGAACAUGGACUACCACAUCUGGACUGAAAAGAAAGGACCAUCCUACUUGUCAUCAGCACUCACUUCAAAGCCUGCAUCUCUGAUUGUAUCAUGAUACAUCAGUCUGCACAUCUGUAAAAGCACCAUAUGGUCACAUCCAGAUGACAUGUGUUGUUGGGAAGGCCUUGCAUAUUGACAAUCCUAAACUACAUACUGCAUCUAUUAUAACAUCUUUGUAAAAGAAGACUCUGGGUGCUGAACAUGCUGAUGAAACAAAACAUAUGACAAAGAAGACCCAGGACUGUAGAACAGCUCGAAUCACAUAUCAGACAAGAAGGGGGAAACAGCUGGUCUCCUCACUUCCCAGAUGUUUACAGACUAGUGCUGAAAGAAAGGGGGAUGCUACACCAUAAGGAACAUGGCCCUGUCCCAAUUUUUUGAGACAUGUUGCUGUCACCAAACUCAAAAUGAGCUAAUAUUUUAAUUUUCCCAGUUUAAACAUUUUUCUUUAAUGUUUCUAUUAUUGAUAAAAAAUGUUUGGAGUCUGCCAAGAGUGUGACUUUGGUCUGGAGACUGGUGAGGAUAACUUAAAAGACCAUUAGCCCUGAACCGAAGAACUGAAGGCAGCUCAGGCCAGGCUGAUCCAGCCCCCAGCCAUUGCUCUUCAUGAUUUAUCCUCAAACUCUGCUGGGAAUGUUUAACUAGUGUGAACACAGAAGAAACAGUUGGGCAAAGGUAUCUUCUUUUUGUUAGUUUCAUUACGUUAGGAUAUUCCAAUAAUUGUUAAUAUCCGAAAAUAUUAUUUCUCUGUCUUUUUGGUGAAGUUGACGUUGAUGCGUUCAUUAUUGUGAGGAUUCACUGCCAUCUAGUGGUCACUGUUUAGAACUACAGCAUUAAAUUUAUAUCAAAAGAUCGAAUUAUUAUUUCUCACUCGUGUUGUCACAGAGCUCAGUUAACACUUUUCUGCAAUCGGUUUUCACUGCAGGCUAACACGUAUCCCUCGUGUUAUCAUUUUUUGUGGGUUUGGUUGCACCGUGCGUCAGGGUGGCAGUGUGCAAGCAGCGCCUGUCUGCUCCACCACAGAUUGCAGCUGCACUGAAGCACUCUGCGGUCAAAUGAUCUAGAAACAAGAGCGUAUCUCAGACACAGCCGGUCUCUGUCUCUCUCCAGGAUUUCAGCUAUUUUUUUAAAAUCAUUUUCAGAAAAUACUGAAGCUUCACUACAGUUUCUCCAUCAGGAUGUCGUCAUCUGAAAGUGCUGCGUCACAUGAAGUAAGUGAAGCAUCAGCUCCCACAUCAGAGGCUGAACCUCUGAGGAUCGUUCUGCUUGGCCGGACCGGGACAGGCAGAAGCUCCUCUGGCAACACCAUCCUGGGAAGGUCUGCGUUCCUGGUGGACGUGUCCCCCUGCUCUGUAACCGCACAAUGCAAGAAACAGAGUGGCAUAGUGGGAAGGCGGAGUAUCUCUGUCAUCGACACUCCCGGGCUCUUCCACACACAUCUGUCUUCUCAGGAGGUUAUGGCAGAGGUGGGACAGUGUGUUGGUUUGUCUUCUCCGGGACCCCACGCCUUCUUGGUGACACUGCAGCUUGGCAGGUUCACGCAUGAAGAGAGGGAGGCCUUUGAGUGGAUCAAGGCUAGGUUUGGGCCUGGAGUAAUGAGGUUUACGAUGGUGCUGUUCACCUGUGGUGACCAGCUGAAGGGGAAACGCAUCGAGGAAUUUCUAGAGGGGAGCCAGGAGCUGUCUGAGUUUGUCGGCAGCUGCCAUGGAGGGUAUCACGUCUUUGAUAACAGCAGUCAGGAGGAGACAGAUGAAUGCUCACAACAAGUGGUGCAACUUUUGGAGAAGGUGGACCAAAUCGUGGCUAAGAAUGGAGGCGGUUGCUACGGCGAUGAGAUGCUGAAGGAGGCUGAAGGUGCCAUAAGGGAGGCACAUGAGAGGAUUCUGGGUGAAGCUGGGCACGUGGUGGAGUCUAUUCAGACAGAGGCUGAGGUCACAGAGGGGCGGCUGCCAAGACUGGAGAAGAAAUGGGAGGAUGAGGAGAGGAGAAGGGAGGAAGAGGAGGCCCGGAAGAGAGCGGAGAGGCUUUUCUGGUGCGAGCUGGUGACUGCCCUGGGGAAAGGUGCCGCGGAGGGGGCAGGGAUCAUGGGAAAGGACAAGGGGAAAGGGAAAGCUGUGAAGAAGGCGAAGGUGGUGGAGAAAGUGGCAGCUCUGGCUGCGUCUCCGCUCUCUGUCAGGUCGGCUGCGAAAGCAGUGGGAGGGGCCGUGAGAGAAGGAAGCAAGGUGCUAUACAAACACAGAAAAACUUUACUGCGCUGAAAGGUAAAUCAAAGAGACAGGACACAAUGAAGCCCGCGUGGUGAGGACAAGUCACUCGAUGUAAGGACAGCUGGACUUCUUUAGGUUUUGAAGACGUUUCGCUUCUCAUCCAAGAUGCUUCUCUAGAGAAGGGGACAGCCCCCCUACUAGGGGUUUAUAACCCAAGACCAUCCACCAGGUGCUCUAGGAAUGAAAAAGCCUCCUGGAUGAGCGGCGAAACAUCUACAUAGACCUAAAAAAGCCCAGCUGCCAUUUUCUUAAGCUCCCAAGACCACAAUGACCUGGAUGAAUGAGAACCUACAAAGAUGUAUCACUUAACUAUGAUUGUAUUUCCAUUGUUCAACACCACAGUCGCACCACACAUUCGCACUCUUAGACUAUACUGUGAAAUAAGAACUCAUGGCACAAUAAAGUCACACAAAAAAAGUGUCCAGUUCAUCUUAUUAUGACUUCACACAUUUGUAUUUGUCAAAAAUAGGUUAGUUCGCUACACAGAUACAAUACAUUAAAAAACAAUUUUCCCAUCAUUUCCACCCCCGACACAAUGGCGCGAUUUGGUUAAGGUAACAACACAGGAAGAUUGAAAAAAAGAAGGAGAACUGUUUAAAACAUUGCAGCAGUUACCUUAUCCGUCUUUGGCUUCAUAUAACAAGUGACAACAUAUUUUAGCCCUUUAUUCUCCUCUGUACAAAUGCACUGACACACAAAAGAUGACGAAGGAAUACAUCAAAUUGCAGCUGGCAGUGAGGAAAGGAAAUGGUUUGCAUACAACGCAGUGACCUAUUCAAGGAGUGUCUAACAGCACAGAGUGAAAGAGGACAAUACGCCGUGAAAAGAUCGGGACGCACAAAUGUAGAAACACUACCAUAUUUUUAAAGACUUUGUGAAAUGUGAAGGACUUAUAUUGAAUGGGAACUAUGUGUAGUCCACCUGAGUGCUGUACAAAAAAAAUUGCAGCUACAUUUUUGUGCUCAAAAUACUCUUGAGUGUUCCGGAUGUAAAUGCAAGCACCUCCAGAGUCACAGUCACCCUCAGCUUCCAAAAAAACAAAAAAACUCCCACAAGCGUGCACAAAUACUGUUUCUGUACUGCUGUUGCUCACUUGCCUUGUGCAUAUUAGGGACACACUUCCAGUGUCGCACCUGCAUCUUAUGGACUAAUAAAAAAACCAUGUAAACUCCUGCAAACAUACAGACUUACACCCAAAGAACCGAUCAGACAAAAAAAAAAA